AUUUGAGAGACCCUGUUGCGCCAAGAUCUUGGCAGUGGCUUUGUCAUCCAGAUCUAAACUGAAGCAUAAUCCGAUCCUCGCCUUGUAAUCCUUUUCCUCUCCGUGGCUUGUUUGUCAACCGCCUCUGCGAUGUUGCAGCCAACGGACAUUCUCCGGCUUAGACAGUUUCAUGCUACACAUUUUCCUGGCCAAGUCACGCCAGAGAUUGAUGACGAUUCUGGCCACGUCAGAGAUGUGACCGACUCGCAGGACUUGCCGGUACCCGAUGUCGGAGAUGGUUUAGGUUCUUAUGAGGAUGGUGUGAAAAGAACCUUGACAGAGGAGCAAGUGAGAAUGUUUCGGCAUUCUGAGAUCCAACGGUUGCUGAAAGAGAGACGCAUCGCGAAGGAGAAGGAAGAGAAGCAGCGAAAGCGGCAGACUACCGAGCUGAAACGAACCAAGGCACAACAGCACGUUGAUGACCAACCGAGAAACAGUGAUAACCACGUCGACACUCUGAUAUACGACGAGCAGCCAGAUGCCGAGACCAAGAACGGACGCGAAGCAAAGACAUUCCAGUGGCCGAAGCUCGGUGGGCUAUGAACAUUCUGCCCGCUACACACCAGCCCCAUCGUCUCUUGCUUGGAGUCUCGGAGCAACUACUCUCGAAACUGGAGAUUUUUUCGACGUUGUAAGCAUCCCUUCAUCCAACCUCUUCUCUUUGAUGAGCUUUUGUAUCAUCCUUAGCCUGAGCUGGGUGCUGGCAGCAACCUCAGCCCUGCCUCGAUGGUUGCUCCAGCAUGACCACCCACAGUGUUGAACCUAUCUUCUCUCUGAGAGUUGCAUACU